AUGCUCCUACGAAAUUGUGACCCUGCCAAUGGAAAUUGCAACGGAACAAGAUACACCCUCACGCAACUCAAUUCUCACGUCAUCGAGGCAGUGAUAGCGAGUGGCCCUCACAGUGGUAAGCACCUGUUCACACGUCGGAUACCACUGUUACCCUCCGACAACCAGUUUCCCUUCCAAUUAAGAUACAGGCAAUUUCCCAUCAAACUAGCCUUCUCAUUCACAAAUAUCAAGUCUCAGGGCCAGACUUUAGAUUAUGUUGGUGUGUUUCCGCCCAGUCCGUUGUUUACACACGGCCAGUUGUAUGUCUCUAUGAGCAGAGCAGUGGACUCAGCUAAUUUGAAAAUUAGUGUUGAUGAAACACAAAAUAUCUGUUACAAAGAAGUAUUGUAA